UUGUGGUGAAAUACACGUAAAAUGAUAGAAAAUUGAAAAUAUAAAUAUAUACAAUUUGAAUUAUCUGUAAUGUUUAAACGCAAAGCUGAAAUUUCAGAAGCAGACAACGAAAUGGCGACGACAGCAUCAAAAACAAGUGCCACAACUCCCGUGCAGGGGGACUUUAUCAUUGGCAAGGAAGAACCCCUCAAGGACUACAUCAAGCUGAUCGAGACCCGCGUAACAAUAGAUCAAAUAGUCGACGAUGAGGUCACCAAAGAUAACUUCAAUAGAAUCGCAAGUGCGGCACGUGACGUCAUCUGGCAAUUGUUGUUCAGCGACGAGACGCCCGACGCUGAGUCACAGAAAAAAGCUGGCGAGUUGCUCGAAGAACUGAAAAGUGACGUAAGCUUCUAUGGGCCCUGGACCUACAACGAGUGGAUAGUCAAGGUGCGCGACGAGCUGCUGAAAAGACAACUCCUCGACUUCUGGCGCGACACUAUUGUGCGCAAGCAGUUGGGUCCCUGCUGGUCCCGCGACUCGGAUCUGUUUGACUGCGACGAUGAGCCACCGCUGGAGUUCUAUGCGCAUGCCGGUUGCGUGGCGCCCUUUGCAGCCAGCCUGAAGGUGCGAGCUGCAGAGAAGGCGGCAACAAGCGGCGACGAGGAGGCCAGCAAUCAGAUCGAGCGUAACUCAAAUAAUGCGACAGCCUUGACGGGCGACUUUGAGGCGCACAUAAGUAAGACGGAGCCGCUCAUCGACUAUCGCGACCUGAUGAAACGCUAUGUGCUGACCACUGUCAUUGUGCCGGAUGAGAUACACAAGAAGAAUGUCGAAAAGAUUGGCCAGGCAGCGCGCAAUGUCGUUUGGCAGCUGCUCUUCGAGGGCACGCCCACGGAUGUUGAGUACCAGAAGGCCGCCGAGCUGCUGCAGGAGUACAAAAGCGAUGCUGGCUUCUAUGGUCCAUGGGAAUACAACGAUUGGAUUGUCAAGCUGCGCGAUGAGCUGCUGCAGCGCAACAUGCUUACCUUCUGGGGUGAUAUGAUUGUCAAAAGGGAGCUUGGUCCGUGCUGCUCCCGAGAUUCAGAUUUCUUUGAUGGCGAUGAUUCCGUGCCCGUGGAGUUCUACAACAAGGCGGGUUUCAAGGCGCCCUUCAACAUGCCGCGCAAGUAAUGCGAAUGCAAUCUCUAUUGGUAACUUUUCAUUUUAGAAAACAUUUCCAAAUUGUAAUAACUAUUAGGCUGAUGCCAAUUCUCAUGAGUGUAGCUUAUGCAGCAAUUGCAUUUUAUAAAUUGUUAAGCUGUUCUUUUGAAUAAACCGGCAAUUCAAAUAUUA